GUCCCUCCUGGAUCACCGGCGCUCCGGCAGUUUGGCACCGGGUGUUUGCCAACGCCCUCCCGGACGACCUGAGAAGCCCCAUCAGGAUCGAGAGGGAAGAGCUGCGGAAUCUCCACUUCUUCCCACCGGAGUAUGGCCAGAAGACGGACGGGACGGCCGUGGACAUCUUCUCCUUCGGGAUGUGUGCGCUGGAGAUGGCUGUGCUGGAGAUCCAGACCAACGGGGACACGCGGGUGUCGGAGGAGGCCAUCGUGAGGGCCCGGCAUUCCCUGGACGAUCCCAACAUGAGGGAGUUCAUCCUGUCCUGCCUGACCCUGAACCCCGACAAGCGCCCGACCGCCCACAACCUGCUCUUCCACCGCGUGCUCUUCGAGGUGCACUCCCUGAAGCUCCUGGCGGCCCACUGCUUCAUCAACCACCAGUAUCUGAUGCCGGAGAAUGUGGUGGAGGAGAAGAUAAAGGAGCUGGACCUGAACAUGGUGAUGGCUGAGAUCCGCAGGGAGGGGCGGCCUGGAGCGCAGUGGAGGGCUCAGCUCUGUCCCCCCUGUGUCUGCCCCAGGAAUGGCAUUUACCCCCUGAUGAACUUCGCCGUCUCCAGACCCCACGCCCUCCCCCGUGUGCUCUCCCAGCCCCAGGAGGACCCCCAGAAAGCCAAGACUCCCACCCCAGAGCCCUUUGACGUGGAGACCAGGAAGGUGGUGCAGAUGCAGUGCAACCUGGAGCUCAACGAGGACAAGUCCCAGUGGCACCUCACACUCCUGCUCAUCCUGGAGGACAAGCUGCACCGGCAGCUCAGCUACGACCUCCUGCCCACUGACAACUCCAAGGACUUGGCCACAGAACUGGUGCAUUAUGGAUUCAUCCACGAGGACGACUGUGAGAAGCUGGCCACGUUCCUGGAGAGCGCCUUCCACAAGCACCGCUCGCCCCUGCCGUGAGCCCGGGCGGGCACGG